GCUGCCGUCUCUUGCAAGGGAAUGAAAAUAAUUUGGUUGACUCAUUCACGUUUGCCUCUGCAUGAGAUUGCCACACUCUUUCUCAAACCUAAAAAUUAACUUGUGUGUCCGGCAAUCACUCUAUAGUUUGGAUGAGAAAAAUACUGAAUUGAUUUUCAAAUAACUGUGUUCAUCUUAUUCAGAAAAGAAAAAAAAAACUUUCCUUGGUGCCAACAAAACGGUUUUGUUUGAUAAAAUCUGAUCUGACAGAAGCUUUGGACCACAAAACUCGCGUAAAAGAGAAAAAAGAAAUUUGAAAAAACCGCUUCUUUGAAGGAAGUGAGGUCACUAGUGGCGCUAAGAAGUGAAGUGAAAAACUAUCAAAAAUGCAGCAACAGCAGACGACUGCAAAUGGAAACCUGGCUCAGGGUGGACAACAAGUGGAGAACGAGCCAGACGAAAUGGAACGUGACUUAGCCGAGGAUGCGGUGUGGAAAAGAAUACAACAGAACACCUUCACGAGGUGGGCGAACGAGCACCUGAAAACAGUAAAUAAAACAAUCUCAAAUUUGGAAUCGGAUCUUUCUGACGGAUUAAGAUUAAUUGCUUUAGUGGAAGUAUUGUCCGGCAGACGAUUACCUAAACACAACAAAAGACCCUCUUUUAGAUCACAAAAAUUGGAAAAUGUAUCAGUUGCUUUGAAAUUUUUGGAAAUCGAUGAAGGGAUUAAAAUUGUAAAUAUAGACAGUACAGAUAUCGUCGAUUGUAAAUUGAAGUUGAUUCUCGGUUUGAUAUGGACCCUCAUCUUGCACUAUUCUAUUUCCCUGCCAAUGUGGGAAGGGGAAGAAGGAGAUUCGGUGUUCGACAAGAAAGGUGGGCCAUCUCCAAAACAGAGGCUAUUGGGAUGGAUCCAGAGUAAAUUGCCUGAUCUGCCUAUCAACAAUUUCAACUCUGACUGGAAUGAUGGACGAGCUGUUGCAGCUUUGGUCGAUGCUUUGGCUCCAGGCUUAUGUCCUGACUGGUGUGACAUGAAACCUGAAAAUGCUCUUAAAAAUGCGAAGGAAGCUAUGGAUUUGGCAGAUAAUUGGUUGGGAAUUCCUCAACUUGUGAAACCAGAGGAAAUGGUGAAUCCUAAUGUAGAUGAUAUGUCGAUGAUGACCUAUCUUUCUCAAUAUCCUAAAGCUGAACUUAAACCUGGUGCUCCCUUGAGACCUAAAACCAAUUCAAACAGAGUUAGGUGCUAUGGUCCUGGAAUUGAACCCACUGGAGUAAAUGUUGGGGCACCAACCAUGUUUACUGUUGAAACUUUCAGUGCCGGAAAAGGAGAUGUGCAAGUUUUUAUUGAAACUCCAAAGGGAGGAAAGCUUGAACCUGUAGAAAUAAAGUUUAAUGAUGACAGAAGUAAAACUUACACUGUAAAAUAUACUGCUCAAAUGGAAGGACAACAUAAAGUGAAAGUUUUAUUUGCUGGAAAAGAAGUUCCUAAAAGUCCAUUCUCAGUUAUGGUUGAAGGUCGUGCUGGGGAUCCUGCUAAGGUUACUGCAUCUGGACCUGGUUUAGAGCCUGUGGGUGUAAUGGCUGGAAAGCCUACUUACUUUGACAUUUUUACUAAAGAUGCUGGACGUGGUCAGGUAGAAGUAAUUAUACUAGAUCCAAAGGGUAACAGGAACACAGUACCUUGCAGAAUACGCAAAACCGAAGAUAAUGUAUAUCGUUGUGAAUAUGUUGCUCAAACAACCGGAAUGCAUUCCGUAAAUGUUUUCUUUGCUGGCCAACAAAUUCCGAAGAGUCCGUUUGGAGUCAAAGUAACUCCAGUUUGUGAUGCACGAAAAGUGAAAGCAACUGGUAGAGGAUUGCAGAAGAAUGGUAUUCGAGUGAAGGAUGUUGCUGAUUUUAAAGUCUUUACAGAGAAUGCGGGAAAUGGACAGUUAGAUAUUAAAGUGAUUGGACCAGGUGGUGUUCAAGAAAAAAUUGAUAUUCGCAAGGUUGAUGAGCAUACAUAUGAAUGUGCGUAUUAUCCUAAUCAAGAAGGACGUUAUAUUGUUACAAUAGCAUAUGGUGGUAUGGAGAUUUCCAAGAGCCCAUACGAAGUGAAUGUUUUACCUUAUAAGGAAUCAAAAAUUAGAGUAUAUGGUCCAGGUUUAUAUGGAGGUGUUGCUGGUUAUCCUGCCCGAUUCACAGCUGAAACUAAUGGAGAAACUGGAACGUUAGGUUUUGUUGUUGAAGGACCUUCACAUGCUAAAAUCCAAUGUUCUGACAACGGAGAUGGUUCUGCUGAUGUUGAGUAUUUGCCAACUCAACCUGGUGAAUACGCUGUUCAUAUACUCUGCGAUAAAGAAGAUAUUCCUAAAUCACCCUACAUGGCACAAAUUUUACCCAAAACGGAUUAUCAUCCAGAAAAUGUACAAGCAUAUGGCCCUGGUAUACAACCUACUGGAGUAGUUCAAAAUCAGCCUACAGAUUUUACUAUUGACUGCAGAAAAGCGGGCGGACAUGCUCCAUUGGAUGUAAGUGUUUUGGAUGUUGAUCUUAAACCAGUUGACCUCAAAGUUGUUGACAAUAAGGAUGGCACAUUUAAGGCUUCUUACCGUCCAACUAAAAAGGACAAGCAUACAGUGCAAGUGAAUUACGGGGGUGUGUCCAUACCAAAAAGUCCUUUCAGGAUAAAUGUUGGUGAGCCAACGGACAGCAAUAAAGUGAAAGUAUUUGGGCCUGGAGUUGAACCGGGUGUGAAGGCUCAAGUUCCAACACAUUUCAACAUUGACUGCCGUGGUGCUGGUACAGGCAAUGUGCAAGUCAAAUUAACAGAUGAAAAAGGUGGUCUAGUUCCGAUUCAGAUUUUAGACAAUGAGGAUGGUACUUAUUCUGUUGAUUACAAUGCUCCUACUCCUGGAAAUUAUAAGGUGUCUGUUUCAUUUGCUGGAAAGGAAAUUCCUAACAGUCCAAUAAAAGUGAAAGUUGAACCACAAGUUGAUGUCAGUAAGGUUAAAGUUGAUGGACUGGAACCAAGUGUGUACAUCGAUUCACCAACAGAAUUUACAGUUGAUGCUCGUGCUGUGUCAAAGCGAAGUGAGGCAAAAGUUCAAUGUAAAAUAACAAAUCCAUCUGGUACUAAAACUGAUGCUUUUGUUCAAAGUCAAAAUGAUGGGACCUAUAAAAUAUGUUAUACUCCUUUUGAAGAAGGUAAUCAUACAAUUGAUAUAACAUACGAUGGAUUACCAGUUCCGGGAAGUCCUUUCAAAGUAAAUGUGUUGAGAGGUUGUGAUCCUAGAAAAGUGAAAGCAUUUGGUCCUGGUCUAGAGCAAGCCAUAGUCAAUCAGGUGAAUUCCUUUACUAUUGAAACGAAAGGAGCUGGUAGAGGGGCAUUAGGUUUGAUGAUUGUUGGACCUGUUGAACCCAAAAUGACUUGCAAAGAUAAUAGAGAUGGUUCUUGCACUGUGGAGUAUAUCCCAGUUGAGAUUGGACCCCAUGAAAUCGGUGUUAAAUAUGCUGAUCAGGAUAUUCCAGGAAGUCCAUUCAAAGUGAAUUGCACUGCCAGUGUUGAUGCCAGUAAAGUGAAAGCGUAUGGACCUGGUGUCGAACCUAACCAGUGUCGUGCAGGUAAACCAAUUCCUUUCACAGUUGAUGCUACAAAAUCUGGAAAGGCACCACUCGAUGUUCAAGUAUCUUCAGAAAAAGGACCCGUUCCUACAAAACCUCAAAUUAAGGAUAACGGCAACGGUACUUAUGAUGUAUCUUAUGUACCUCCUCCUGAGGGUAGCAAAUGCAAUGUCAAAGUUGCGUAUGGUGGUAAAGAUAUUCCUGGAAGUCCAUUCCAAAUGAAAGUUAAACCAGCAGUUGAACCCAAAAAUGUAAAGCUUUCUGGACCUGGUGUACAAAACAAGGUUCCAGCUAGUCUUCCUGUUGAAUUUACAAUUGAUACUAGAGAAGCAGGACAGGCAGAACCUGUAGUUGACAUAAAGAAACCAGACAACAAGCCUUUGAAAGCACAAGUAAUUAAUAAUAAUGAUGGCACCUACAAAGUGCGUUACGUUCCUGAAGACGUUGGACCUCAUAAAAUUUCUGUUAAAUACGGUGGUCAAGAAGUGCCAAACUCACCCAUUACAGUAAAUAGUUACGCUGUUGGCCAAGCUGAUAAAUGCAAAAUAACAGAAGGCAUUGAAGACAAAGUUUCGAUCGGUGAAGAAUAUUGCAUCACUGUAAACACAGAACAAGCUGGUAUGGGUGCCAUUACUUGUAAUAUUACGAGCAGUAACAUAUCAGGGGACGUUGACAUUCACGUGGAAGACAACAGUGAUGGAACAUUUUCGAUAUUUUAUUCUGUAAAAGAAAAGGGAGAUUAUACAAUUAAUGUGAAGUUUGGUGGAAAUCCAGUUCCUGGUGGUAGUUUCACUAUACAGGCUGUUACUGAAGAGGUUCAAAGAAAGAGUGUUACUAAAACACGCACAACUCAAUCUCGAACCACUCAGUUUAGAAGCGUCGAGUUACAUAGCAUAGUUCUUCCUGGCACAGGCCAAAUAACUGCUGAUAUCAAAAUGCCAUCAGGAAAAUUCGAUAAGCCGGUUGUCAUAGACAACCAAGAUGGGACCAUUUCUAUUAAGUACGAUCCAAGGGAAGAAGGUUUACAUGAGUUGCAUGUGAAAUACAAUCAAGAACAUAUACCAGGCAGUCCAUUCAAAAUUUAUGUGGAUUCAAUUACAAGUGGUUUUGUGACUGCACAUGGUCCAGGUUUGAGCAGAGGCAUUGCUGGUGAACCUGCUAAUUUUACAAUUUAUACAAAGGAUGCGGGAGCAGGUGGACUUGAUGUUGCAGUCCAGGGACCUUCUCAAGCGGAAAUAACGUGCCACGAUAACAAAGACGGAACAGUUGCUGUUAAUUACUUGCCUGCAGCUCCUGGAGAAUAUAAGAUUUCUGUCAAAUUUGCUGGCAAGCACAUUGCAGGAAGUCCUUUUACAGCAAAAAUUACAGGUGAAGGCCGAAAAAGAAAUCAAAUAUCAGUGGGUCACUCUAGCGAAGUUUCACUGAAAGUACAAGAAAAAGAUGCCAGAAAUCUGAAUGCUAGUAUUGUCUCUCCAUCAGGUCUAGAGGAACCCUGUUUUCUGAAAACAUUGCCAAAUGGUCAUUUAGGAAUUUCUUUCACUCCCCGUGAAGCCGGACCGCACAUGGUUAACGUUAAGCGACAGGGCAAUCAUAUUCAAGGAAGUCCGUUCCAAAUCAAUGUGUUAGAUCAAGAGAUUGGCGAUGCCACUAAGGUGAAGGUCAUCGGCAAUGCUAUCAAGGAAGGAAAGACUCAUGUUGAAAAUCAGUUCACAAUUGAUACAAAGGAAGCCGGUUUUGGAGGCCUUAGUCUUUCUGUUGAAGGACCCAGUAAAGCUGAAAUUAACUGCAAAGAUAAUGAAAAUGGCACAUUGACUGUAGGCUAUAAGCCCACUGAGCCAGGAUAUUAUAUUGUAAAUCUGAAGUUUGCUGAUCAUCACGUACCAGGAAGUCCUUUUACUGUGAAAGUAUUAGGUGAAGGAUCUAAUAUUCAGAGAGAAUUUAUUAAAAAGCAACGAGAAUCUGCACCAGUUGUUGAUGUUGGCAAUGAAUGUAAACUUACUUUCAGGCUUCCCGGAUCUAGUGCAUUUGAUAUGUCUGCCAAAGUCACAUCACCAUCUGGUGUCACCGAAGAUGCCAGCAUCGCUGACUGUGAUGAGUGUAGUUACAAUGUUCAUUUUGUUCCGAAGGAGACGGGUGUGCAUACAGUCAGUGUACGAUGCAAAGAUCUCCACAUUCCUGGAUCACCAUUUCAAUUCACUGUUGGCCCUUUCAGAGACCAUGGCUCCCAUAAAGUUCAUGCUGGAGGACCUGGCUUAUACAGAGGAACUGUUAGCGAGAUAUGUGAGUUUAAUGUUUGGACGAGAGAAGCUGGUGCAGGAAGUCUUGCUAUAUCGGUGGAAGGUCCAUCAAAAGCUGACAUUGACUUCAAAGACUCUAAAGAUGGUUCGUGUUACGUGAAGUAUAAGGUGACUGAGCCAGGUGACUAUAGAGUGGGUAUCAAGUUCAAUGAACAGCACAUCCCGGACAGUCCCUACCACGUGUACAUGUUGCCUUCAACGGGUGACACCUCAAAGAUUGAACUGGCUCAUAUUCCAGAGAGUUUUAAUCAAAUUAACAAACCUGUAGCCAUUGCCAUUCUCAUGAAUGGAGCCAAAGGAAAUUUAGAUGGAAAAGUCAUCUCACCCUCUGGAACAGAAGAUGAUUGCUUUAUUACUCCUUUAGAUGCUGAUCAAUGGGCAUUAAGGUUUGUACCACGUGAAAAUGGUGUGCACCUCAUUCACAUACGUUGUUCUGGUGUUCAUAUUCCACAAAGUCCUCUCCGUCUACUCAUCGGCAAGGAUGAUUCAGAUCCAGCAGCUGUUCAAGCUUACGGUCCUGGUUUGAAAGAAACUAAAUCUGGCACCAAAACAGAUUUCAUUGUUGAUACAUGCAGUGCUGGUACUGGAACUUUAUCUGUUACUAUCGAUGGACCCUCUAAAGUAUCUAUGGAUUGCACUGAAGUUGAAGAAGGUUAUAAAGUACGUUAUACACCAUUAGCCCCAGGAGAUUAUUUCAUUACAGUAAAAUACAAUGGAUAUCACAUUGGUGGAAGCCCAUUUAAAGUUCCAUGCACGGGUAGUGCUGUGACAGAUAUCGGAACUAAGGAACAAUCUCAGGUUGUUGUUGAGACAAGUGCAAAACAAGCAAAGCAGAAAGCUGAUCACUUACCCAAGUUUAGGUCCGAUGCUACAAAAGUAACGAGUAAAGGAAUGGGUCUAAAACGAGCUCAUUUGCAUAGGUCUAAUCAAUUCACCGUCAAUUGCACAGAUGCAGGAAAUAACUUAUUCUUCUGUUCUGUGUAUGGCCCCAAAGGUCCAUGUGAGGAGGUAUUUGUUAAAGCUAUCGGAAAAAAUAUGUAUCAAGUUAAUUACACAGUGAAAGAAAAGGGAGACCACGUAGUUGCUGUCAAAUGGGGUGAUGACCAUAUCCCCGGUAGUCCAUUCAAAGUAGAAGUCUCUUAACUUUUUUUUAAAGGAAACAAAAACUGCUUGAAGUUCUCGGUUGUUGUCGUGAAAAUAUGUUUUUAUAUUCAUGUUGCCAAAUGUUUUGUUGUUUCGCUUCUCCUCUCCCUACAUAGUCUGUUUUCUCGAUGCAGAUCAUGUGAAACUACUCGUGAUUUGUUUAGUAUACCCACUUCGUGUCGUUUUAUUGUUCUUUUUAAUUUAUCCAACGUGAAAACAUUAAGUGCCUCGCUACACAUGAAAUUUUGUGUCGAACGGAAACUUACUUUAAAGGAAUAUUAUAUAUUUUGAUGUUAUGUUGUUUGCAAAGUUUAUGGAUAAUUUAUAUUUAUUAAGACUUUUAAAUGAAUUUCAAAAAUUUCAUCCACUAUUCGAUUCAUAAUUUAUGAGCUCAGAAAUCUCUCAGCAUUGCAAUUUCUGUUUAAGCUGAUCUCAUUCUAAAGAAAAAUGUGUACUUAAUCUCUCAUUUUAAAAAUAUUUAAUUUUUAGAAUUUAGGAUGUUUAUACUGUGGCAUUUUAUAAAUUUAUUUUAAGAUAAAAAAGAUUUAGUGUUUUCUGAUGAAACUAUUGAUAAUGUAUUUGAGAUUUUGAAUUUUUUUUAAAAAGAAAACAAUUUUAUUUUGCUUGUUUAUUGCAAUUUUAUUCUUUAAAGAUCAAAUAAAUUUUGUUCCUUCCA